AUUGUACUAGUAUGUGAAUAUUAUUGUGAGAAAUGAUUCCUCCAAAUACUUACUCUCCAUAUUUUGCUUACAGUGUUGUUGGUGCUAGUACCGUAACUCAUGAUGACAAGGAUGGUAAACAUGAGAAUGAGGAGGAUGAGGAGGCAGAGCGUGGAAUGAAACCAGUUUUCGGAACUCUGUGUAAAUCGAUGAUGAUUGGGAUUGGUAAAAUUUUGAAAACGAUUGACAAAUACUCGAGAAAGGAUGAUUUAGAUAAGAAACUGCUUGAAGUUGCUAAAAUCAGUGAGUUACAUUAUUUUGUUAAUUGCAUCUGGCUAGUUGGUCGACGUAUGGAGAAACGACAUGAAUACUAUGCAAAGAAAUUGGAUGAUAUGUUGAACUAUUCAACUUCAUAGUUUUGCAAAUAUUUUCCCUUGUUUCUCUGCUGUGUAAUUUCAAAUUAUUUUUCA